GUUGUUCAACUUAUCGUUUUUUGACUAUACGAAAAUAACCAGGCUCAACAAUUGUGAAAUGGAGGUUAGACAUCGCGGUAUCAUGCCGCUGAUGGAGGCGACACGCGUGAAAAACGAGCUAAAUGAAGUAAUGGAUCAGGCCGCGUCAGCUAUUGAGAGCGGCAGCAAACGAGAAGAACCGGCUCAAAAAUGCGUCCGAAACAAAGAUCAAUUCGCGCUCAUGAACUGCUGGGUUCGGCUCGAGCGCUACGACGUCGUGCGUUCCAGAACCCGCUAUAAGACUUCUAAGACCAUUAACGUACUUGGCAAAGAAAGUAAAGCUAUAGGUAGUCAGAAAAUAAACAGAAACAAUCUAUAUAUAGGCAGUGCUACGAUGACAAACUACGUUUGUGACGUUUGCGGUAAAACGUAUGAACAAAAAGACCAACUAAUACAUCAUAUGACGUUUCACCAGCGGAAGAAGAACAUAUCAGGAAAAUCCUACUCCUGUAACAUAUGCAAGAAACAAUUUGCGUAUUCUAGUUCCCUUGUCAACCACCAAAGAGUACACAGUGGUGAAAAACCAUACUUGUGCAAAAUAUGUAUGAAAAGGUUCACGCAAUUAGGUCACUUAGAGACACAUAAACGAAUCCAUUCAGAAGCGAGACCGUACUUCUGCGAAUUAUGUGGAAAGCGAUUUAAGCAUUCGACCUCACUAAAAGGUCAUAAAAGAAUCCAUACUGGCGAGAGGCCAUACUCGUGUCAUGUUUGUAAAAAGAAAUUCGUGAAAUCAGCCGACUUGAGCACACAUAAGCGUAUUCACAGCGGGGAGAAGCCUUACGAGUGUGAAAUAUGCUUUAAGCGAUUUACCGGUUCCGGUGAUUUAAAAAAACAUAAACUUAUCCAUGGUGUUAAAUUAAACUCAUGUGAUAUAUGCAAAAAAAAGUUUACAUUACCGACUCAAUUGAAUAAACAUAAACGAAUCCACACUGGAGAAAAACCAUUCUCGUGUGAAAUCUGCAAAAAGAGAUUUACAGAAUCGGGUGCUCUUAAGAUACAUAUACGAACUCAUACGGGGGAAAAGCCAUUCUCGUGCGAAAUAUGUAAAAAGUCGUUUGCGGCACCGAGUGGUCUAAAAAUGCAUAAACUAACUCACUCGGGCGAAAAAACCUAUUCUUGCGAAGAAUGUAAAAAAACCUUCACUACUCCAAGUUCUUUAAGAACUCAUAAACAAAUACACACUGGCGUAAAGCCAUAUUCUUGCGAAAUAUGUAAAAAGACAUUCAGGCAAUCGGGUAAUUUAAAGAUACAUAGUCUAAUCCAUACGAAUGACAAACCUUACUUUUGUGUAAUAUGUCCUAAACGUUUCAACUAUUCUAGUGGUCUAGAGGCACAUAAAAUAUUUCACUCUGGAGAAAAACCAUUCUCGUGCCAUAUAUGUUCGACGCGAUUUGCACGUUCGGGGGAUUGUAAGAAACACCAACUGGUCCAUACUGGUGAGAAGCCGUUUACCUGCAAUGUUUGUGAAAAGCGGUUUUCACUGGUCUCAGGUCUAAAUAAACAUAAACGAACCCACACUGGAGAAAAACCUUAUUCGUGUGAAAUAUGUGAAAAAAGGUUUACAGCGAAGCAGACUUUAAAAAAGCAUAGGCGUACCCACACUGGAGAAAGACCGUACAGUUGCGAAGUCUGUAAAAAAACGUUCACUUAUUUGGAGAAUUUAAAGGAGCAUGAGCGAAUACACACAGGAGAAAGACCUUACACUUGUGAAACAUGUUGGAAGCGAUUUAAACGUUGUAGUGAUUUAAUUAAACACAAACUCAUCCACGCUGUUACAAAGCCGCAUUCUUGCGAUAUAUGUAAUAAGAAAUUCACACAGUCACAACAUUUAAAAGUUCAUAACCAAAAAUACCAUACUAAAGAGUAGUAAAGCAAGAUAAAGAACGUGACAUUUUUUUGUAUUCCAUGUGAGACCGAUUAUUGACCGAAAGACGAUUAUUGUCGUUCUACGAAUAUGGUGAAUAGGCGUGUCGAACAUUGAAUUUACCAGAAGUAUGUGUAGACCACUAUGAUAUUAUGGGAAUCAGGUCGUUUAUAUCUUCUCUUCUUCUUCUCGUGCCAUAUCCUAUCGGAUGUCGGCGAUCAUCAUGCAAAAGUUUUCUAGACUCUGCCGUUCUAGAAAAAGUGGCGGCGUCCUUGCUGCCGGUCCAAUCCCUAAUAUUGUUACUCCAUGUUGUUCUGUUUUCCUGUAUCUUCUACCGUCUAUAUCU